UCGCUUUUUUUUUUUGUUUUCUUUUUCCUUCUUCCCCCACCUCCGAUCGCUCGUAUCUCGUCUCGUCGCGCGUGCAAAAUCGUCUCGGGAAGUCGCGGAAGCGGAACCGCGAGGACGGCUCGUCUCGCAAGCCCACGUAGCUUCGUUCGCGACGAAACGGCGGCCGUGCCGCGUACGCGGGAGACGGGAUUAAUUUUCCGGAGGGGGAACCGCGGCUGGCUUUUUUUAGGUUAGGACGCGGUCAUUUGGAGAAUGCAUCGCGUUGGAAAACCGUCGGGUGAAAGUGCGCGUCGUCGGGGAUUCCGAGCGAGCGAAGGCCGCUCUCGAGCGCCCUGAAUGAAGCGAGUGACGUUUCGGGAAAUCCGUCCCGAAUAGGAGGCCUUGUCGGAGGCGUCGGCGGUUUUUCUCCCUUCCCCGGUGACCCUCGACGUUGCCUGGACGGAGAAAGAUGAUAAGAGCGAGAUCCGCAGAGUAUUGGAUGUCUCAGUGAGCAAGGCAGCAGCGUAGUUAUCAUGGCAGAAGACGAGGGUACGGAGUGGCUUCAGGAGCUGUUGCACGAUGUGCAGCUCUCCCAGUUCUUCACGCGAAUACGAGACGACCUGCAGAUCACUCGGUUGCAUCACUUCGAUUACGUUCAGCCGGAGGAUCUGGAAAAGAUCGGUCUGGGGAAACCCGGUGUCAGGCGUUUGCUGGACGCGGUGAAGAAGAGACGAAGCGCCCAAUGGAAGAAGACCCUCAUCACGAAAAUUAAACCCGGCAGUAGCAGCAAGAGCAGCAAGCGAGCUUCUCAGCCCAUCGAGACCUCCUCAGCACUGACGUGUCUCAUACAGGACAAGGACGUGGUAUUGUCCGUGAAACUGGGCGAUGGUAGCUUUGGCGUGGUUAGAAGAGGGGAAUGGACCUCUCCCUCUGGACGAACUCUGCCUGUCGCCGUGAAAGUCCUGAAGGCGGACGCUCUUUCUCAGCCAAGUGUCAUAGAGGACUUUGUGUCCGAGGUUCAGGCGAUGCACACCUUGGAUCAUCAUAAUCUCAUUAGAUUGUACGGCGUGGUGUUGUCGCAGCCAAUGAUGAUGGUAACCGAGCUCGCACCCCUUGGCGCCCUGCUCGAUCACUUGCGGCAGCAGUGCGGCAGAAUCUCGAUUCUCACCCUCUGCAACUAUGCCCUGCAAGUCGCUACAGGAAUGGCAUACUUGGAGGCGAAGCGUUUUCUACAUCGCGACCUGGCGUGCAGAAACGUUCUGUUGAGCACGAUCGACAAAGUCAAGAUCGGCGAUUUUGGGCUGAUGAGAGCGCUUCCUCAGCAAGAGGAUUGCUACGUCAUGACCGAACACAAGAAAGUGCCUUUUCCUUGGUGCGCUCCCGAGUCUCUGAAGGCUCGACAAUUCAGCCACGCGUCGGAUGUCUGGAUGUUCGGGGUGACGCUCUGGGAGAUGCUGACAUUCGGCGAGGAACCCUGGCUGGGUCUGAACGGCUCCGAGAUACUACGGAAGAUCGAUCGCGAGGGCGAGAGGCUUCACGAGCCGGAAGCGACGCCUCCGUACAUGUACGAGUUGAUGCUCCGUUGCUGGGCGAGAGAACCUUCGGAGAGGCCAACGUUCGCCUCGCUGAAGGAAUCCCUGACCGGCAUGGUGCCAUCCGUAAUGAAGGCUCUAAGCGCCUUCGAGGAACCUGGCAAGAUGUCCAUCGAACCGGGAGACCAGAUCGCGAUCAUCGAUGGGCGUCCGGAGAACUACUGGUGGAAGGGUCAAAAUCAGCGGACCUUCCAAGUGGCACACUUUCCGCGCUGCCUGGUGGAUCCAAUGCGACGAAAACAACCGACGGACAUCAGCAAACCUUUGGAGAACUCGUUCAUUCAUACGGGACAUGGCGCGCCUUUCGGCAAGAGCUGGGGUAGCCCCGUCUACAUCGAUGACGUGUACCUGAGGAACCCGAUGGAUCCACCGGACGUGUUGGUUGCAGCCGCGACGGACAAUCCGACAAAGAAGAGAUUCUCUUGCGGCACACCGCGCACCAGAAAGCAGUUCAAUUACACGAAGCUGCGCAACGACGUGCGAUCGAGUCCGAUCAAGCUCUCGCAGCCGACCACGUCGACCUCGAGCGUCAACCAGGAGGGUAACUUGAUUGAUUUGUCCGCCGAGGAGUUGGCGAGCACCAGCGCGCAGGAGGAAGUCGCGUGCAGGCGAGUGGUCAACAUUUUAGACGAGCCCAUCGACGGUGAGAAGUUCUCCUGGCAGGACGAAGAAGGCAGGACGUACGCCAACUUUCCUGGGAACGUGGAUCCAGCGUAUUCCGAUCCCUUCGAUACUUCUGCGGUGUUCAUGAAGCCGCCACAUUCGCGAUAUUAUAGUCAUGUGCCUACCGAAGCCAAUCGCUAUCUGCAGACGCAGAUGUACGGAAAUGUGGACAAUCAAGAUGCGGGAGGCGAUCACGUUCAAGGCGCCGCGAACUUCGUUGCUGAUUCUGCUGAUGCAGAGGAAGCUCGCCAGUACUCGUUGAACCUGAAUAAAGAGUGUCGGCAGGACGCGGUGAAUCUGAACGUGAACACGAAUGCGGAAGGUGACGACGCGAAUCACUAUAGCGAGAUAGACAAGAUUAGUCCUUGCAGCUCGAACUGGUCUACCUGGCCGGAGGAUCUACGGAAUUCUUCCGCCGCGCAGACGUAUGCCAAUGUCACCGAUGGAGGAAACGUCGUAGCCGCUCCUAUUCCGCCACCUCCUCCCUCCAUCGGACCAAACACGAGUCCGUCCAAGCCAAAAUCCAACUGCGAGCUCGCACGGAGUAUGAACGAGUUAUCGCUAAAUUCCAACUCUAGUGCCAAUGUGACGAGAAAGCUGGAUCCUACCUUCUUGGCCGAGCUGGAGAAGCACUUGGGCGAGAAGGAGGCGACGAAGAACACGAAUUCUACCAACGGCGAAGAGAGCUCCCAGGAACGGGGAGGCGCGAAUUACUUGCGCUCGUCGCAGGACAAGUUACAACAGGGUACCGCGUCGACUCAGCAGCUCACGACGACGGUAGAAGACGCCCCUAGACCUUUGUCCGUUAUUCCAGCAUUGAAAUCUCCGCCACACAAGAAAUCAAAAUCCCCGGUGACAACGACGGAUCGUCCAGCGUCUUUCUCGUCGACGCCAUCUACUAGUAAAGUACAAAACUCUUGGCAGUCAAAAAGUACGAACAUUCAGAAACCGCGUUCCCAGGAUGAACAACGCUCAGAGUUGACCACCGACGACGUAUUGGAUAAAAUGUGGCGGAAGCAGGUUCAGGCGGACCAGCAAGAUCAAAACAUGCGCCUGGUCAAGUUGGCUACUGCAGGUCAGACGUUAACGCCAGUUUCUCAGGGAAGCGUUAAUCUGCUCCAUCAAGUCAUCCGCAACAUCAAUACCGGUGCGAACGAUCAAGGUCAACAUGGUCCCAGCAAUGUCGCCAAAGCCAUCUCCACACAGUCACAAGCUAGCUCGUCGAAUCAUAAUCAUUCUCCCUCAAGCAUGACGCAUAUCAAUCAGGGUAAUAUCAAUCUGCUUCACGGAACCACCAGCACCAUCGCUGGCAACACGAACGAGGCUCAACAUGGUCCCAGCAAUCUCGCCAAGACCACUUUUAAUCAAGCUCAAGCUUGUUCUUCAGCGAACCCUGAAAGUUAUCUUCAAAAUUCGUCGAACGUCGGCCAGGGUGUCUUCAAUUUGUUGCAGGUUGCCACUAACAGUGUCACGAACGAGCCUCAAUACGAUGUCGCGAACUCUUCUAAGUCCAGCUUGAAUCAGACGCAGACUUCGUCAUCCGGCAGCCAGAAUUACAACGCAUCGAGCGUUGCUCUUAGUUUGCUUCAGACUGCCAAUCGCGCUUCCGGUAACGAAUCCUCUCUGUACGGAUCUUGCAAUAUCUCCAAGGCCGCUUUCGCCAGUCAAGCGCAGACUUGUCCGACGACGAGUCAGAAUUACUUGCAGAAUCAGAGCGGCGCCGCUUUGCAUCAGACUCCUCCUCAGAAUGUGCCAAUGUCGUCUGGCGCGAGUAAUAGCCACAAGAUCGCUCACAUACAGAACGAUUUGCAGCAACUGCAACACUUGAAGCCCGCCACGCUUUUAUCCGAGCAAGUGUACGCCGAAUUAAAACAAACGGUACCUAAUCUGGAGCAGUUGUCUCAAAACGAAUUCAAUACUCUGUACAAUAAGACUGUUCAGCAGAAUAUAUUACGAAAUUACUACUCUAAUAACCUGAGCGGGGAGACGAGCCAAAAUUACGCUCAGGAAAUGACUAGCAAUCAGCAGCAACAAAAGACUAUGAUUGGCAGAAAUCAGCCUAUCCAGGGACACUCUUGCGACUUCAGUCCUUAUCUGAAGCAGCCGCCAGUUUACAAUCCGCCACCACCGCCGCCUCCUUCUUCGUCGACCUGGAGCCCGCAUAAAUCCGGUCAAAAUGGUUAUACGCCGAAUCAUUAUUCCACAACUACCAAGUGCAACUUGAGCGGACCCUCGAAUCUGCUGCAAACCGAGAGCUCCACGCCGGCGAGAAAUAUAUCCGGAUCGUCGACGGUGAACGACCUGGCCGCCGUCAAGGUGAACCUGCUGCAAGUCAAUCAACACCAAACCGGUACUAGUCCACCGCUCACCGGGGCCUCCCAGCAACUGGUGAUGUCGCUCAGCGAUGAGUUUCGAGCUAGCAGGAUCAUGAAGGUGCAGAAGGAGGCCGCGGACGCCUCGCAGCAGGAGGUGCUGGCCGCGCUGCAGGCGACCGGCUGGGACACGAAUCAGGCCGCCAAGCAGAUCGCGAGAGACAGGCAGGCGAAGGUCGAGAGUCUCGUGAGGUUGGGCUUGGCUAAUAAACAACAGUGCGAAAGCGCUCUGAAGCAGACUAAGUACGAUGUAGAAAUGGCAGCUUCGUUAUUGCUCGAUCAGACGAGAUGAGAUAACCACGGUCAAUGUUUCAAAACUUCCUGCGACAUAGCUGUAACUAUAAUUGUUUGUUUAUGAACAAAAGCGAUAGAAAAAGUUCGAAAAUCAGGAAACGAUGAAAGUGAUCUGAGAUUGCUUUGUGGAUUUCUUUGUCGAGCUUUUGCAUUCCGUUCUAUAGCACAAUUUAAUGUUAAAUGUGACUGAUGCUUGGACGGUGUAAAAAAACAGGUGUGCAUAAUCGAUAGGUGAUGUUGAUGCAGAUACUACUAGCAUGACAUUACUCUUAAGACGUAACGAAUAUAAAUCUGAAACUGUGAUAUGUUGUUGAUCUUUAUCUGGACUUACAAUCAGACUUGCAGUCUUGUUAAUGAAUUUUUGAGGCAGUUAUAAAAAAGCUGCACUUUAUUUAUAAUGAUAGUAUUGUCGAAAGAAAGUUGAGAUUAUAAAUAAUACUUAUUGUUAGUUUAUAUAUAUAAGAUAAAUUAUUAGCAAUUAGGCCAAUUAGUAUUUUAAACAUUUUUCAAAACCUGGUGCGAAUAGGGAGAAAAUUUAUCGAACAAAAUUGCAUAAGAUUAUUAUUAUAUUGUGAAACUUUAUUUGUACCGUAAAGCUUUUGUUUGACAAAUUUUUUUUCUAUUUGCAUAAUUGUGAAGAUAAUCAUCAUGUUAAUUAUUAUCGGUUUGUUCUAUUCGAAUAUCUGUUUGUACACGCAAAUUGUAUGUGUAUGUGUGAAAUAAUUAGUGGCAAAUCUACGUUUUUUUAGUUAUAGUUAAAAAUUAUUUCAGUUUUAUUAUAUAAAAAU